AUGUACAUCGGCAACAAGCCUGAAACCAAGUCUUGUCUCAAGUGCAGAACAACGGAGACGAGAAGAUGGCAAUCGGGGCCAGAUGGACUUAAGACUCUGUGUGCGCACUGCCAUUCCGAAUAUCGCAAGCGUCGUAUCGUCAUAUACAAGAACAGAAAAGGAAUUUGUUCGGUGCUGAAAAAGAAAGGAACAAAACCAGCCAAGAUAGUCGGCUUUGGUACUAAACAGUCAGGACAUAACAACUUUCUUAUGCCACUCACUGAAUUCGUCGACCCACCAGCUGAGAAGAAAGUCUUGAAAGACACUGACGGCGAAAUUAUCUCUGAAGCCGAACCAGCAGAUGUGUCCUGUCUUCGGUGCAGUGAAGUCUGCCGAGACCCGCGACUUGGUCCAGACGGCCCAAAAACCCUUUGUUUGCCAUGUCAUCGCCGAUAUAUUUGUCGGGAGCUACCGCUGUAUAAAGACUCGAGCGGAUCCAUUACAGUGUGCUGCGCAGUUGGUGGGUACCGCGUAGACCACGUUGGGUUUCAUUUGAAGGGAAUGCAACGUGAUUUAACGCGACCCAUCACAAAACCGUGGUUGGGCAAAGCACGAGAGACGGCGACAAUUCUAACAACAAGGACAUUGCAAUGCCAAAUUCGUGACGUAUCUCGACAACAUCACAUGCCUUUCAAGUUCCAAACAGUUCAACGUCGUAAGAAUACUUUCGCUACCGGCACUAGCCCGUUCUCGUCAGUUCGAAACGGUGCUUCCUGUCCUGUUAGCUCGCCAAGAGUGAAAGAGGAAGCAGCGACUGUACCCCAACAUCGGCUCGUCCCAGAGUCGAGCCGUGGAUAUCAAAAGAUCUCAAACACGGUCUUGACCUGUUCUGAUGGUUUCAACAUCGAUUACCGAGCAGGAUCCGCCCCCUCACGCAUCAUCGACGCCUCUCUGUUAAAGAAUCGUGCCGCAGCAAGUCGAGGCAGGAGCUGGACACUUGAUCGACAUCAUCCACGCGAUACCUCAGUGAGGUCGGGUGUAGCCAUGAAGGCUUCAUGCCGGAUUAGCGGAUCUGUAGUAACGAGGCGUUUCAGUUUGAACCCUGAUCGCCAACCGGAAUACUUUAUUGAAGAUGUGCGACAUAUCUUCGGGAUUCAAAGCGAUUUCUUUAUCCGGUACAAAGACAGCGCUAAUGACGAGAUUACUGCUUCCACGCUAAUGGAAAUCUCAGAACUCUUUGCGAUUGCGCUCGAGUCCAUCGUGUCUCCAGUAGCCAUUGAAGUCAUUCUGAUCAGCGAUGGCUUACCGUUCAAUCAUCCAACCAGAGGAUUUCUCUCGAUGUCUCACUCGGAUCUGGGGAGAAAAAAGUGUAGGAUAUUGGCUGCUGGAUAGGUUGAAAGUGACAAUCAAGAACGUGCCGUGAAGCGAUGUGGUGUUCAUUGCCAACGCUUGUAGCGUCGAUGGAAACAAUCCGCAGGAAGAAACACGAUUGUAAAUAAAAGCGAAAGCCUGCCUGAAUUCUUCACCCGA